AUGGAUAAUCACACAUCUGGAUUUCUUCUCUUGGAAUUCUCAAAGAAUUGGGAGCUACAGAUUAUGUGCGCAGCUUUGCUACUGAUAUUGUAUUUAAUGACAGUAACAGGGAACCUGCUCAUCAUUAUUGCAGUUGUUUUUGACCACCACCUGCACACCCCCAUGUACUUCUUUAUGAUGAACUUAGCUGUGCAGGACAUUGGUUCUAUUUCAGUCAUUAUCCCUAAAGCUGUUUUUAAUUCUCUUAUGAAUAUGAAAUUUAUUUCAUAUUCCGGAUGUAUUGCUCAAGUUUUCUCAUCUAUCUUCUUCCUGAGCUAUUGUAUUUCCCUCCUGACUGUCAUGGCCUAUGAUCGAUAUGUUGCCAUUUGUAAUCCUUUACAAUAUGAAAUGAUAAUGAACAGGACAGCCUGCACCAAAAUGGUUGGCAGUGUGUGGAUUGCCAGUUUUCUCAAUGCUGCAUUGCACACUAUUGCAACAUUUACUGCGCCUUUCUGUUCUAACAUUAUCAAUCAGUUCUAUUGUGAAAUCCCACAUCUACUUAAGAUUAUCUGCUCUGGUUUAUAUGUAAUUGAAUUUGGAAUUCUAGUGUUUACUGCUAUAUUAGUAAUCAGUUGUUUUUUCUUCAUCGUACUUACUUAUGUUCAAAUUGUCUCUGCUGUUCUGAGAAUCCCUUCUGUUCAAGGAAGGAAAAAGGCCUUCUCCACUUGCCUACCCCACCUCAUUGUCAUCACCAUAUUUUUGUUUUCUGGUUGCUUUGCCUACCUAAGACACAUAUCUGAUAGUCCUUCACACCUUGACAUCAUAAUUACAAUACUGUAUUCCAUUAUUCCACCCAUUUUAAAUCCAUUGAUCUAUGGUAUGAGAAACAAGCACAUUAAAAUAGUUCUUACAAGACUUCUUAGUUUGAAGUGA